GAGGCUGGCUAAUAGAGGUACAAGGAUACCUUUGGAUACAAUAUCCCAGACCAGCUUCCAGCAAGAAAAUCAUGGAGUAUGCCAUCACAGGUGCCCAGUGGCUCUUGUGUGCUUGUCUACUAUUUCUUGAGCAACUAUACUGCUUGGGCACUUAAUGCAAAGACCCAUCAGUUGUCACUGUGUUGGUGUGUGUGCUUGUGUAUGACAUAAGCCUAUAUGCAUUUCCCACUUCCAGCCUUAGAACUAGUCUGAGCAGUAGGGUGGGGAUGAGCCUAGAGAGACUGAUGGUUAUAACUGGGAGAAGACAGAGGAAGAAAACUGGGGCCAGUUUCUGAGAAGACAAAGUCAAUACACUGUAGAAUUAUGCAAUAGGUGCCAUAUUUAGAUGGAGGAUUUUGAAUACAGAAAAACAACUGUGUAAUUUGGGAACAGUUUAUACUAGAGAACUUGAAAAAAGGACCAAUAAGACAAACACUACGAUUGUUGUUUCUCUUUUCAGGGUGUGUUCUCAACCCAACAUGGUGAUUUUCAAUAACACUACAUCAUUUUCCUCAAACUUCCUACUCACUGCAUUUCCUGGUCUGGAACUUGCACAUGUCUGGAUCUCUAUUCCUGUCUGCUCUCUCUAUGCCAUUGCCCUCUUGGGAAACAGCACGAUUCUGUUCGUCAUCAUUGUUGAGAGGAGUCUUCACAAGCCCAUGUACUAUUUCCUUGCCAUGCUGUCAACUGUUGAUCUAUGUCUGACCAUCUCAACCCUUCCCACUGUUCUUGGGGUUCUCUGGUUUCAUGCCCGGGAGAUUAGCUUGAAAGCUUGCCUCAUUCAAAUGUUCUUUGUACAUGGCUUCUCCUUCCUGGAGUCUUCAGUGCUGGUAGCCAUGGCCUUUGACCGCCUCAUGGCUAUCUGUAACCCACUGAAGUAUGCUAUUGUCUUCACAGACAUGAUAAUCUUGUUGAUUGGACUGGUUAUCUGCAUACGGCAAGUAAUUUUAAUCUUUCCCAUGAUUCUAGCCUUGACGAGAGUAUCUUUCCACGGAGGCCAAGAGCUUUCCCACCCAUUUUGCUACCAUCCAGAUAUGAUUAAAUACACAUAUUCCAACCCCUGGAUCAGCAAUUUUUUGGGCAUGUUUCUUCAGCUCUACCUGACUGGCACUGACUUACUGUUCAUUCUUUUCUCCUACGUUCUGAUUCUCCGAACCGUCUUGAGUAUCGUGGCCCCUAAGAAACAACAGAAAGCUCUCAGCACUUGUGUCUGUCACAUCUGUGCUGUCACUGUUUUCUACGUGCCAAUGAUCAGCCUGUCCUUUACACACCGCCUUUUCAGUUCCACCCCAAAAGUGGUCUGUAGCAUUUUGGCCAAUGUUUAUUUGUUCUUACCACCUGUACUGAACCCUGUCAUUUACAGCUUGAAGACCAAGACCAUCCGCCAGGCUAUGCUCCAGCUGCUCCAUUUUAAGGGCUCACAGGGCCCCAGUGUGAGGAGUCAUAGAGGACCCUGGGGUUGAAGUAGAGAGAAGUUAUAUUUGAGCAAUAAAAGGAUCUAGGUCUGUGCCACCAGGCAUUUUAGUUACUGAAGCAGUUUCACUUAAAUCAUAGGAGCAUAAAGAGAAUACUUUUCCCCUAAGCUUAUCAAAAGUUAAAAAAAAAACAACAAACUACCAUUCAAAACAAAAUUAAUUGUGUAUAUGUCCCUCAAACAUUUAAAAUAAUUAUAUGGAACUCCUGUGCACAUUAAAAGCACAAUAAGAUCAUUUUAUUCUGGUUGAACAAUUUAAUUAUCUGCCUAAAAACGGUAAUUCUUAGACCAAAAAUUAAUAUAUAUAAUUUUAUGUCUGUGUUCAGCUGCCAAAAAGUCAUUUAUUUCUGUGGUAAGAUUUCCCAGGGGGCAUCAGAGAUUUUUUUUUUUUCCUUGAGGUGGUAAGUGAAAGAGUUACGUGUAUGUGCAAAGACACGCACAUUGCAAUUUGUAAUUUAAAACUUUAGGAAACUCUUACACACUGAUUUCAGUUCCUAAAGUCACCUCUAGGGAGACCCAUCUCCUUGCAGAUGCACUCCCUGAACCUCUAUCUUUUCUUGAAUUCUUUUUCUCCUCAGCAAACGUGAAAUUGUCACUGAACUAAUUGCUGUUUGUUAUACCUCCAACGAGUCCAAUAUCUAAAGUUACAUAUCACUCUUCAUUAUUUUUCCCAUUGCCUAGAUAUUCUAAUACAGUUCUGAUUCUCACUCUGUAGCACCUCUUCCGUGUCUGCUGGGCUUCAGGACAGUACUUUUUUUCUAUUUGCCCUUGUUUCAUGGGUGGUUAAGUUUUUACCUAGCUGUUGGGCUCCUGGACCUUUUGGUGUACUUAUAAUUGUAGAAUUGCACAGUGACUUUGAUGCUUAGUAGGAAAUAUUUAGAAUACCUUGCUUAACAAUACUUAUUUGGUCAAGAAGUAACCUGGGGUGCUUGGGUGGCUCAGUCAGUGAAGCACCAGACUUCAGCUCAGGUCAUGAACUCACAGUUGGUGAAUUCGAGCCCUGUGUCCAGCUCUGUGCUGACAGCUCAGAGCCUGGAGCCUACUUUGGAUUCUGU